GAAAACGUGACACCCGCAGAAGGUAAUUACCAUGAGCUGGGGCCGCACGGAGCGCAGGUGAUGCAGUGACAGAGACAUGGCUGUGCCGUAAAGAGUGCCCUACAGCUGCAGUACUAGAGCCGAUGGCGGUGCCUUACAAAACACAGGAGCAGAUGCUGUAGGAGAGGAUUCAUUAUGGGUUACAAUGGCAGCUGGAUUUUUAGGAACAGGAGCGAGAGUGGCCUAUUCCAGGCAGCAAACAGAGCGUUAGAGAUCAGGAAUGUGUCUCACUCACAGGUUGUAUGGAGUAACCGGAGCAUCAGCAGUGAUGGGCUCAGUUACCGUCAUUUCACCACCUGUGUGCAAGUGGUGAUCUUCGUUGGAUCUCUGCUGGAAUAUACUGGAAAUAUGGAAACCUCUCAGCAUUUGAAAACAUCUGUCCUUAAAACAGUUACCAACCGAUUCAUGAUGAACUUGGCAUGCUCUGGUAUCUGUGCCAGCCUGGUGUGUGUGCCUUUUGACAUUUUGCUCAGCGCUAGCCCACACUGUUGUUGGUGGGUCUAUACCUUAUUGUUCUGUAAGACUAUCAAGUUCCUGCACAAAGUCUUCUGCUCAGUGACCAUCCUCAGCUUUGCUGCCAUUGCCUUGGAUAGGUACUACUCAGUGCUGUAUCCUCUAGAAAGGAAGAUUUCGGACUCCAAGGCCAGGGAUUUGUUAAUCUACAUCUGGGCUCAUGCUGUGGUGGCCAGUGUCCCUGUAUUUGCUGUGACUAAUGUGACUGAUGUUUACGCCAUGUCUACCUGCUCGCCAUCAUGGGGAUACUCCUUGGGCCACUUGGUAUAUGUCUUGGUGUACAAUUUCACCACAGUACUGGUGCCAGUGGCUGUUGUGUUCCUUUUCAUGGUCCUGAUCCGCAGAGCUCUGAGUGCCAGUCAGAAAAAGAAGGUGAUUAUAGCAGCUCUGAGGACCCCACAGAACUCAAUCUCUAUCCCAUAUGUUUCACAGAAAGAGUCAGAGCUUCAUGCAAUGCUGCUCUCCAUGGUCCUGAUUUUCAUUUUCUGUAGCGUCCCUUAUGUGACUCUGGUCAUAUAUCGCACUGUGCUUAAUGUAUCCCACAUAUCUGACUUUCUUAUGCUCACUGCCAUUUGGCUACCUAAGGUAUCCUUGGUCACCAACCCCCUGCUCUUCCUGACUGUUAACAAGUCUGUGCGUAAGUGUGUGCUAGGUACCAUUAUACAACUGCACAGGAAGUAUAGCCGAAGGAAUGUAGUCAAUUUAGGAUCUGUGGCAGAGGUAAACUUAGAGCCCAGUGUACGAUCUGGAAGCCAGCUUUUAGAGAUGUUCCAUAUAGGACAGCAGCAGAUCUUCAAGUCAGUAGAAGACGAAGAUGACAAUGAAAUCAAGUCAGAAUCGUCUAGAAACUACAAACUCAAGGAAGCACUCCCUAGUACCAGCCUAGAGGAAGAGCAAACUCUUGUGCAGAAAUUAAUUCCACAGAGUGCAGAGUCUACUGCACAAGUUGCCCCUGUUAUGCCUGGAGAGACUGAGGUACUCAAUGACAAGUACUCCAUGCAGUUUGGUUUUGGUCCAUUUGAGCUUCCUCCACAGUGGCUCUCGGAUAAACGGAACAGCAAGAAACGGCUUUUGCCACCUUUGGGGAAUACCCCAGAGGAACUGAUCCAAACUAAGCAACCGAAGUGCAGAGCUGAAAGAAAGAUCAGUCGAAACAAUAAAGUCUGUAUUUUUCCUAAAGUUGAUUCUUAGCACUAUUUGUUUCCAGAAUCAGAGAUCCUAUGGAUCUGAACCCAAGGUUUGUUACAGGUGCCAAAUAAUGUACAGAACU